UUGUCCAUCAAUAUAUACCUGUGUCCUCUUCACCGGUCCCAGAAAUUUUAUCGCCAGCGACCAUCAUGACACUACACUCACCGCCGUCUCACCAUGCGAGCCAUGGUGAUCGCCCCAAAGGUAUGCGCCGAAUACCUUACAUAUAUGCUCGCUGGAGAGGAUUUUGAAUGCUCACAUGCUGCAUCUAGGUAUCCUCAAGAAGACAUCCUCGUUUGGGUUACCAACACCAAACGAGCCCUCGCCCGCGACCGCGCCAGUCGAGCGUCCCGAGCUAGGCGCACGAGAGAUGUCAGACAAGGAAAUGGUAUUUCAGAACACGCUUCAGAACGCCGGUCCUCGCCGGACAUCAUCAUCUGGUGCCAGAGGCCCUCCAUCACGCCGCCAGUCAGGCAGCGUCAUGGGCGAAAAUGCCGAUGAAAAUAGCCCGAGGCUCAAAUGGGACGAGGCCAAUCUGUACCUGACGGAGCAGGAGCGAGGCAGCACCAUGAAAAUCACCGAACCCAAGACGCCGUAUGCGAAACAGUACGACCCGGCCGAGGAUGAUGAGGAGAUUUCCGCGCUGAACGCCGAUGAAUUGAUGGUUGAUGAGUUGGACAAGGCCAAAGCGAAAGCCGGGGCGCGGAAGAAGGAAGAGGAUAUUCCGCAGUUGGAUCUUGGAGAGCCGGAAGACUAUCCGAUGGAGGCCCACACACCGGAAGGUGAGAAGAGAGUCAUCGUCGAUACGGAGAUGAUGGAAGAUGAUGAGGGAAGACAUGGCGAGGAGAGUGCGGAUAUGACUGCCGAGGAACGAGAGAAACACAGGCAGUUUGAGGAGAUGAGAAGGAGGCAUUAUGAGAUGAAGGAUGUGAAGAACCUUCUUGGGUAAGUCUAGUAGUUCAUAUAUAUAACAUAAGCACCUCAACUGGAACUAACUGGUCCUAGCCAUCCGGAGUAUAUUCCGGAGGAUGACGAGGAAGAGGCUGCACCACCCAUGCCGUCACAGAAGAUGGACAUCAAUGGCAAUUGAUUAUCAUGCAAUACGAUACCAAGGCGGAGUUCUGAGAGAGCAUUGAAUGGGCUUGUGUGUUAUGGCAAGUCCAAAUACAUCAAAUACAUCAAAUUAAAUUGUUUCCUACGCUGUUCUGCGAGAUUCAACCAAGGCGGGAGUCUGGUACAACGAGGCCUUCGUUGGGAGUGCAUGUCGUAAAUUCCUUCUCGCCCGACGAGUUUAUUCUUUCCCUAGUCUACAUUGUCAUUGAUUAUUUUCUUGUGCCUGUUCACUGAGCAAU